GUGAACACAGACAGCAGCAGCAUCUGUCAGAGUCUGCUGAUGAAGGUACCACGUCUCUUUGACCUCAUCUGAACGGGACUUUAACAGCGGAGCAGCCUGACAGUUUUCUUUCAGUUUGACAAAACUUUCUGAUUUUAGCAGGAAGCCACGAUGACGGCAGUGAACCUUUUCAACACUUUGGAGGAUUUAAAAGAAGAGGAAUUUAAGAAAUUCAAAUGGUGUCUGCAGCAAGACAUCCUGGAAGGCUACCAAAGCAUCAAAGUGGCCAAGUUGGAGAAUGCAGAAAGGCAGGACACGGUGGACGUGAUGGUGAAAACCUAUCAACUUCACGGAGCUCUGAAGGUGACCAAGAAGGUUUUAGAGAAGAUCAACAGGAAUGAUCUGGUGCAGAGUCUGCCAGACACCAGCUCAGGACCAGAAGAUAUGGCUGCUGCAAACUACCUACAAUCUGAAGAUCAGUUUCUGUGCUCGAUCUGUCUGGAUGUGUUCACGGAUCCUGUCAGCACACCAUGUGGACACAACUUCUGCAAGAAUUGCAUCACUGAACACUGGAAUACUAGUAACAGGUGCCUUUGUCCCCUGUGUAAGGAGGGUUUUACCACAAUACCUGAUUUGAGGGUCAACACUUUCAUCUCUGAGAUGGUCGCUCACAGCUCAGAGCAACAAGUGUCCAAACCAGGAGAAGUUCCCUGUGACGUCUGCACUGGAACCAAACUGAAGGCCCUGAAGUCCUGCCUGGUGUGUCUGGUCUCCUACUGUGAGACUCACUUGGAGCCUCAUCUGACCAUGUCAGGCCUUAAAAGACAUCAGCUGAUCGACCCUGUGGAGAACCUGGAAGGCAGGAUUUGUACAAAGCAUGAUAAACCUCUGGAGCUCUUCUGUAAUCCUCUUUCUACCGACCAGACAUGUGUCUGCAUACUCUGCAAUGUUUUAGAUCACAAGAAGCAUGAUGUUGUUCCUCUGAAAGAAGAAUAUGAAAGAAAGAAGGCAGAGGUGAAAUUCACCAGUGAUCCAGAAGAGAUGACAAAGAUUCAGGAGAUCAAAAACUCAGUUGACCUCAGUGAGGAAGAUGCAGACAGAGAGAUAGCAGAAGGUGUUCAGGUCUUCACUUCUCUGAAGGAGUCUGUUGAGAGAGGCCUGAAUGAACUCAUCAACACGAUCAAAGAGAAGCAGAAAACAACAGAAAAACAGGCCGAAGCUUUCAUCAAAGAGCUGGAACAGGAAAUCUCUGAGCUGAUGAAGAGAAGCACUGAGGUGGAGCAGGUGUUACGCUCUGAAGACCACCUCCAUCUUCUCCAGAGUGUCCAGUCCCUAAACAUCCAACAACCUCCACCCACCAACUACUGGACAGAAGUCAGCGUCCAUCCAUCAUCAUAUGAGGGGACUGUGGUGAAAGCUGUGGCUCAGCUGGAGGAGACACUCUGUAAAGAGAUGAAGAAGUGGCUCGCUGAGUCUGAGCUGAAGAGGGUCCAGCAGUAUGCAGUGGAUGUGACUCUUGAUCCUGAUACAGCAUCUCCUUAUCUCAUCCUGUCUGAUGAUGGGAAACAAGUGAAUCUUGGUGAUGUAGAGAAGAAUCUCCCAGACAACCCAGAGAGAUUUUCUAAGUGUGUUAAUGUUUUAGGAAAGCAGAGUGUCUCUUCAGACAGAUUUUACUUUGAGGUUCAAGUUAAAGAAGAUUGGGAUUUAGGAGUGGCCAGAGAGUCGAUCAACAGGAAGGAAGACAUCACACUGAGUCCUCAGAAAGGUUACUGGACUAUAUGGUUGAGAAAUACAAAUGACUACAAAGCUAAUGAUUCUCCUCCCGUCCUUCUCUCUUUGAAGUCUCCUCCUCAGAAGGUGGGGGUGUUUGUGGAUUAUGAGGAGGGUCUAGUCUCCUUUUUUGACGUAGAUGCUGCAGCUCUUAUCUACUCCUUUACUGGCUGCUCCUUCACUGAGAAACUCUUCCCAUUCUUCAGUCCUGGUCUUAAUGAUGGUGGUAAAAACUCUGCCCCUCUGAUCAUCUCUCCUGUCAGAGUAAACUAAUCACUGAUCUCAUUUCAGGUAUUGAUUUAUU